CCUAGAUCGCCGCCCACUUCCGGGAAGGGGCUUCCGGCCAUGGCGGCGCACCUGAGGCUCCGCGGGGUGCUGGCGCUGGUCACCGGGGCCGGGAGCGGCAUCGGGCGGGCGGUGAGCCUCCGCCUGGCCCGCGAAGGCGCCACGGUGGCGGCGGCGGACGUGGACGAGGCGGCGGCGGGCGAGACGCUGCGGGCGAUGCCGCCGGGGGACCACCGGGCCGCGCGGGUGGACGUGAGCUGCGCCGAGAGCGUGGCGGAGCUGCUGCGGGGGCUGCAGGCGCGCUUCUCCCGUCCGCCUACGGUCUGCGUGAACUGCGCGGGGAUCACGCGCGACGAGUUCCUGCUGCGGCAGAGCGAGGCCGCCUUCCAGGCCGUCCUGAGCGUCAACCUGAAGGUGCCGACGCCGCCUCAACCCCCCCCAC